AAAAAAAAAAAGGCACUCACACGGUCUCAACUCUGUCAUUCAUAAAUAAAAACCUCAACACAUUCUCCACCAUCACAAACAAAUCCAUUAAUCUUCUUCUUCUUCCUCAAACUCACUCAAACAUUCAUUCAACAAAAUUAUGGACUCAGUAAAUUCUUUUAAAGGGUACGGCAAAGUUGACGACAUCGAACAGAAAGCAUUCACACGAAAAACAAGAAAACGGCUCAUCAUUCUCUCUGUCUCCUCCAUUAUUCUCGUGGCUGCAAUAAUCGGAGCCGUUGUCGGAACAGUAGUACACAAAAGAAACAACAACUCGUCUCCAAACUCAGCUGUCCCAACCGAGUUAACUCCCUCCGCUUCACUCAAAGCAGUGUGCAGUAUAACUCAGUACCCCGGUUCUUGUUUUUCCAGCAUUUCCAAUCUUGAAACUGCUAACACUAGCGACCCAGAAGUUCUUUUUAAACUCUCUUUACAUGUUGCUAUGAAUGAGCUUUCAAAAAUUAAAGAUUACCCUUCUAAACUUCUUGGGAAUACUAAUCUUAAUCUUGAUGCUUCUGUUAGAGCUGCUUUAACUGUUUGUGAAUCUGUGUUUGAUGAUGCUGUUGAUAUGCUUAAUGAUUCAAUUUCUUCCAUGUCUGUUGGUGAUGAUAGUCAGCAGAUUUUGUCUCAGAUUAAGAUUAAUGAUAUGAAAACCUGGCUUAGUACUACUCUUACUGAUCAAGAAACUUGUUUAGAUGCAUUAAUUGAAGUCAAUGCCACUGAGAAUGUUGCAAUUCUUGAGGAUGUGAGACUAGCAAUGGAGAAUUCGACUGAGUUUUCGAGUAAUAGUUUAGCUAUUGUUACGAAGAUUAUUAAUUUGUUGUCGGAUUUUAAUAUCCCUAUUCAUAGGAGAUUGCUAGGGUUUGAGAGGCCGAACUCGGGUUUUCCGAGUUGGGUUAGUGUGGGAGAUAGGCGGCUUCUUCAAGAGGCAAAACCUACUCCGGAUGUGACUGUGGCGAAGGAUGGAAGUGGGAAUUUUACUUCCAUUGAAGAGGCAGUGAAUGCUGUUCCUAAGAAGAGUGCAUCUAGAUUUGUCAUUUAUGUGAAGGAGGGUGUUUAUGUUGAAAAUAUACUCAUGGAUAAAAAUAAGUGGAAUGUGAUGAUAUAUGGCGACGGAAAGGAUAAAACUGUCAUUUCUGGUAGCAAGAAUUUCGUGGACGGUACUCCGACUUUCUCUACCGCAACUUUUGCUGUUCAGGGCAAGGGGUUUAUUGCAAGAGACAUAAAGUUCAUAAACACAGCAGGACCAGCAAAGCACCAAGCAGUUGCUUUCAGGUCCGGCUCAGACAUGUCAGUAUACUCGCAGUGUUCAUUCGAUGCAUAUCAAGACACUCUCUACGCUCACUCCAACCGACAAUUCUACCGCGACUGUGACAUUACAGGCACUAUCGACUUCAUUUUCGGAAACGCUGCAGUCGUAUUCCAGAAUUGCAACAUAAUGCCAAGGCAGCCUCUACCAAACCAGUUCAACACCAUCACAGCUCAGGGCAAAAAAGACGCUAACCAAAACACUGGCAUUUCCAUUCAGAAAUGCAAUUUCCUCGCUCUUGGUGGCAAUCUUACAGCCCCCACAUAUCUCGGAAGGCCCUGGAAAGAAUAUUCCACUACUGUUAUAAUGCAGUCCAAUAUUGCCUCAUUUCUGAACCCAUUGGGGUGGAUGUCAUGGGUCAGCGGUGUCGAUCCGCCCAGCUCAAUAUUCUACGGCGAGUAUAGUAAUACCGGUCCCGGGGCUAAUGUUGAGAAAAGGGUUCAAUGGAGUGGUUAUAAGCCUGUUAUGACAGAAGCUGAAGCAGGAAAAUUUGCUGUAGGAUCUUUUAUACAAGGUACUGAUUGGCUCCCAGCUACUUCUGUGGCAUUUGAUUCAAAUCUAUGAUCUAAAUUGGUUUGAGAUUAUGGCUACAAGUGUGAGAAACUUUACAAAUUGUGGAUGGUUUUUACUAAUUUCUUUUGUUUAUAGACAUUAGAAGAUAAUUUUUUUGUUUCUACAGUGUUUUGAGUUCGUAUUUAUAAUAAUUAUGAGUUCUUUUA